AUAAUGAAAUUUUGAGAAAUAAUUUUGUUGUUUUUGCAAGCAGGAAGAUUUUAUAGUGACCAGACAUUUAAAAAUUCGUUUGUUGUAUAAUUGUAUGUAUUUAGCUUUAUAUAUGCUAUGAUGGAGAGUGAGAUAAACGUUACGUCUGCUCCUUCCACCACGCAUGCAAGAUUCACCUGUUAUGGAACAACAUUGGUGGAAAUGAGAGGAAGUUUCAAAAUCUUUCAUAACUCGACAAUUUCUUAUGAAAGCAACUUCUCGCAACUUACAGACAAAGAAGUCGCAAGCAUUUGUUUGUACAUGAUCGUGUUCUGUAUGGCAAUGGUGGGCAACAUACUGGUAGUUGUGACUCUAGCUCUCAACCCGCGCAUGCGCACUGUCACAAACUGCUUUUUGCUCAGUUUGGCAGUGAGUGACCUGCUACUCGCCGUCUGCUGCAUGCCCGUUUCGCUGGUUGGGCAGAUUCUUAAACGUUUCAUCUUUGGUGAAAUAUUGUGCAAAGCAAUCCCCUAUUUUAUGGCGGCUUCCGUGUCCGUAUCUACAUUCACACUUCUCGCCCUCUCUUUGGAAAGAUACAGUUCAAUCUGCCAUCCCUUGAAAUCCCGUGUCUGGCAGACUAGAAAGCAUGCUAUCAAGGUUAUUUGUGGGAUUUGGAUUUCUAGUUUCAUCCUUGUUUCUCCAACACUUGUCUUUAGUAAUCUAAGCAACAUCCCAAUAGUGAAGAUCGGUCGAUGCUCGCCUGCUUGCAGAAUGACUUUUCCAAACCGUAUUACCAACCAAGCAUGGUAUCUUUUUCUUCUGGCGUCCAUGUUUUGCAUCCCCGGGGUCGUUAUGAUUAUGACGUACACAAAGAUAUGCUGGGAUAUCUUGAACCGGUUUAAACUGGAUUCAAGUUUCCGGAACACAGCAGGGGGAAGACUUGGGUCGAGUUCCGACUACGUACCUGCUGCUUGUACAAGCAAUGGAGACGGCAUUUGCGUCUCGUCACCACGGCUACCAUGCGACAGUAAAGUUAUGGGCUCCCCUUCGACGGUUAAUAGCCCUGCGAUUGCUAGAGUCAACGGAGAGCCUUCCGCAGUUACAAUGCUUGUAAAGAGCAGCGAAUGCAACACUUCACCAUUUCUCUUACGGUCAAAACGAGAACAGAACGAACGUGCGAAUCGUGCAUUGGCUCGAUGGAAAGCAAAGAAAAGGGUCAUCCAGAUGUUUAUUGUCAUUGUGGUUCUUUAUUUUGUCUGCUGGACACCUUUAUACGUUAUAAAUGCAUGGAGAGCAUUUGAACCCAAGAGAGCAAUGUUUGCUUUGGAGGGAAGCAUUCAUAUCGUUCAUUUGCUGUCUUACAUAUCCACCUGCGUUAACCCGAUCGUAUAUUGCUUCAUGAACAAAAGGUUCAGGGACAGUUUCCUCUACGUGUUCCUGUGCUGUGCUUCUACAUCUUGUGCGACCAAAUUUCAUCAGGAACGCUGGAAAGACCGAAAGUUUGGUACCAUUGGUUUACAAUCUACUAAAACAAGCAGAUUUUCUAGCCGUUCACGACUUUCGGAAAGAUGCCACAAGCUGAGACAAGAAAUGGAAUUAAAAGAAAGAAAAACGAGUGCUACAUAAUAAUUUUUGUUUUGUGUAUAUGUAUUAAUUUUCUAUGCUCCUUGCCAGAUUUUAUUUCAAUCAAAAUAAAUCAUAUGUACAAAGUUUCAAACGCGUUAAUUUGCCGAAAUAACAAAAUGCGCACA